GUUUGAAAAGAUCGCACAUGGCCGACGAGGCGCUGCGCCGGUACAACUUUGGCCGCGCGUCGUCGCGCUGCGAGCUGGUCUACGGCGCCGAGCGGCCUGGCUACGUCCACUUGACACGCGACCAGCCAGCAACACCGCGGGGGCCGGACGUGGACGAGGCGACCGUGCAAAAGUGGAUUGACUUUAUGCAAGCCGCGGGGAUCGCCCACGUACUGUGCCUCUUAACCAAAGAAGAACUGCGAUUUUACGCAAGACCGCUCUUGGAGACCUUCGGCGCGAGCUUUGGCGACGCAAACGUGACGCACGUCGACGUCGCCAAUUCGUGGCAGCUUGUGACGCUGCUUGGCAGCAUGACGCGCGCGGUCAGCGCCAGCGAGAAGAUCGUCGUCUUUUGCUCGACGGGCCAAUCGCGCACCGCCAAUGUCUUGGCGCUUUGGCUCCACCGCCAACACGCCUUGGGCAUCGCCGAGGCCAUCAACGACGUCGUUGCAUUUGCCCACGAGGCCCGGACGACACGAAAACCCCGGGUGCCUGACGUGAUCCAGCUGCUCUUGGGCCACGGAUCGACGACCGAGAGCAGUUCGGUGCCGCCACCGCCGCCCAGCGCGCGCCUCAACUCGAGCCGUCCGAAUUCCAGUCGGCUGGCGUCGUCGACCUCGAUCGGCCUCGUAGGCGACGACAUUGUGGACUGGUGUUUUCUUCAAAUGGGCGGCGCCAUGGACCGUCGCAGUGUCAGCACCGGUCGGUUUGGUGAAAGAACGCAGUUUGAGAUUGGCGACCCGUGCGUGCGCAACAUCCUCAGUGUCGGCAACUACAGUCGCGGCUACGAAGCCAUCUCGGUCUGUAAACGUGAAGGCGCCGACGUCACCCUCGCCGACCGCAAAGCGCUCCUCGCAGCGCUCUUUCGCACGUCGGCCUCGCACGUGAUUGUGACCCACGGCCUCGAGACGCUUCUCGAAUCGGCGCGCUACGUGCAGCAAAACGUACCGACCGCGCCCAAAGUGAUCGUGUUUACGGGCGCGACUCUACCCGCGACAGAGACGGCGUCGGACGCAACCUUUGCGCUCGGCUUUGCGAUCGGCGUGUGCUCUACGUUGCGCCACGGCGUGUAUGUUGCAGCCCAUGGCCGCGUGAUGCCCGCGGGCAGCUGCUUGCGGAACGAGCGCACGGGCUAUUUCGAAGAGCUACCAAAAUCCAAAGCAUAAGAGCAUGCGUCUAUCUCUAUGGACGGCGUAUUGGACCGA